GGCUGUCGCCCAGCUGCCUGCCGUGUGCCAGCCACACGUGCGCAUCGCACGGCCCCCGACCCGACCCGAGCACGAUUAGCGGUCGACUCUUCUUAGCCCGCUGCUCUCUCCUCUCCUCUCCUCGUCACUCGUCGCUCGUCGCCGCGUGCGAUUUCUUGCCAUCGCUGAGCGACACUCUGUCGCUCACGAGUCAUCGUAGAUCGCAAUGACGUCGCUGGUGUCGUCGCCCGCACGCCCAUCGCUGCGCCUUUCGCCGUCGGAUCAGCUCGUGCCACGAUCGAGUCACGGAUCCUCCUCGCCCUCCUCGAUGCCCGCGCCAGAUCGCGCCAGAUUAAGCAGCGGCUCGUCGCUCAUUGGCCAGCCGCUCAGUAGAGCAGCCGCGGCCGCCAGCCGCUCGCGCCACGGGCGGGCGGCGGCCGUGGUGGCGCGCGCUGUGCAGGAGCCGCUGUCGGGCAGCGAGGGAGGCGCGGCGAAUGGGAACGGGACAGGCGUCCCGCUGCGAGUGGCGUACCAGGGCGUGCCCGGCGCGUACAGCGAGAUGGCGGCCAUGCGCGCAUACCCUGGGUGCAGCCCCGUGCCGUGCGACCAGUUCGACGACGCCUUCAAGGCGGUGGAGCAGUGGCUGGUGGGGCGCGCGGUGCUCCCGAUCGAGAACAGCCUGGGGGGGUCGAUCCACCGCAACUACGACCUGCUGCUGCGGCACCGCCUGCACAUCGUGGGCGAGGUGCAGCUGCCCGUGCACCACUGCCUGCUCGCCCUGCCCGGCACCACGCCCGACCAGCUCACCCGCGUGCUCUCGCACCCCCAGGCGUUGGCGCAGUGCGAGGCGACGCUGACCCGCCUGGGCGUGGUGCAGGAGGCCGUCUACGACACCGCGGGGGCCGCCCAGAUGGUGGCAAGUCAGAAGAUGGAGGGCGUGGGAGCAGUGGCCAGCACACGGGCGGCAGAGAUCUACGGGCUCGACAUCCUGGCGGACGGCAUUCAGGACGAGGCGGACAACUUCACGCGCUUCCUGGCGCUGGCCCGUGACCCCAUUCUGCCCUCCACCGACCGCCCCUUCAAGACGAGCAUCGUGUUCACGCUGCAGUCGGGCCCGGGCGUGCUGUUCAAGGCGCUCUCCGUGUUCGCCCUGCGCGACAUCAACCUCACCAAGAUUGAGUCUCGGCCGCAUCGUGACAAGCCGCUCUACGUGGACUGGUUGGAUCGCUCCUCUCUCCCCUCGCCCGCCACGCCCCUCCCCCCCACACCAGCUGGCGCGGCUCAAGAGUCGCUGGCAUACCAGUCGUUCGACUACCUCUUCUAUGUGGACUUCCAGGCAUCGCUGGCAGAGCCACGCGUGCAGAAUGCCAUGAGGCACCUCCAGGAGAUGGCGCCGUUCCUGCGGGUGCUGGGCAGCUACCCGAUGGACCUGAGCCCCAUGGACCACAGCACCGCAGGGGCAGGCAGCGGCGCGCAGGCCAGGCUCUGAUGAGACGAGAAGAGAUGAGAUGAGAUGCGAUGAGAUGAGAUGAGAUGAGAUGAGAUGAGAUGAGAUGAGAUGAGAUGAGAUGAGAUGGCACAAGGUGUUGCUGCCAUGCGAGCAUUGAGGAUGCAGCAGGCAUAUCCUUUCAGCCCUCCCUCCCACGUGCUGUGCUAGCUGGCACGAUUGCAACUCAUUCCUCCUCCCAGUGAUUGUUCAUCUAUGGUAGCCAAACCAUGCCUGCUCUGCUCUCAUCUCGUGCGGCUGCUCUCAUCUCGUGUGGCUGCUCUCAUCUCGUGCGCCUGCAUUGUGUCGACGGCUGUAUGUAAUUGCCUUUUAUUCCA